UCUCCACAGUGAACGAAGAAUACGCAAUGCUCAAUCAAGCGCUUGUACAAAAAUGACUUGGGGUGAGCGAUUCCAAACGGCCACCGCGCCCGGACCCAACCAGAUCACCCCUGGCGCAGUCGUUAUGGCCGCAGAUGGCGCCGGCAACAUCAUUCAUUCAGAGGCGCGGGGCGUAACCUCCGUGGAGCCUGACCGCGCCCGACCGAUGACCGUCGACACUCCACUGUGGGUCGCCUCCUGCACCAAGCUGUUGACCACCAUCGCCACCUUACAGAUGGUGGAGCAAGGGAAGCUCCGGCUGGAUAUGGAGGUCAACGACCUUCUCCCGGAGGUCGGCGCCCUGCAAAUAUUGACGGGCUUUGGCCCCAAUAAGCAGCCCCAGCUGCGCAAACCAGCCGCUCCAAUCACCGUCCAUCACCUGCUCACCCAACAGAGCGGCAUGACCUAUGACUUUUUGGAUGCUAGACUCCGGAAAUGGAGGGAGCUCCGCGGCGAGGAGAUGUUGGACUGGGAAUGGCCCGUGCAUGAACGAUGCACGACUCCCUUAGUUUACGAGCCGGGCCAAGGAUGGGCUUACAGCGUCUCGAUCGAUUGGGCGGGCAAGCUGGUGGAAAGACUGAAUGGGAACUGUCGCCUAGGGGACUAUAUGCGGAAGCACAUCUUCGAACCCCUGGGCAUGACAAUGGUCACCUUCCGCCCCCUAGAGCACGAUCAAUUGCGCGCACAGUUGCCAGAUGCAACGGAGCGCUCGUCCACGGGGAAACUGGUUCCUACUCAGCCCUACUUCCGGGGGCCGAACCAGGACCCCGGCGAUGAUCUCGGUGGCGGCGGACUCUACUGCACCCCGGCGGAGUUUUUGAAGGUGCUCGUCUCGCUGCUGGCUGACGAUGAAAAGCUGCUACGUUCUACAACAGUGAAAAAGAUGUUUACCCCGCAGCUGAAGGAUCCACGCGCCCUUCUAGCAGUAACACGGGACCCCGAGCUGGGACCUAUGGUUCGUGCUGGGGUGGCGAGUGAGGAUUGGCAGUAUGGAUAUGGAGGCACUCUCCACACCGCCGAUGUGCCGGGAGUUUGCCGCCGGGGAACUCUCUCCUGGCAGGGUAUGCCCAAUUGCUACUGGUGGAUUGAUCGUGCGUCGGCGACGUGUGGAUUAUAUAUGUCACAACUCAUGCCCGCCGGGGAUGGCCCAUCAAUGGAUCUGGCCAUUGAUUUUCGACGGGAAAUCUUCCGGCGGGCCAAUGCAAGUAUCUGAAUCAUCUGGGGGUGUAGGCCUUCCGAUAGUGUGGGAUUCUGG